AGGCAUCUUGUGAUUUACAUGACAUAACUAAACAAGUUUAUUUGGAAAAGACACAGGAAGCAACUGUCAGAAGUCAAUAGCAUAGUCAUAUAUAAAUUAUCUGUUAGAUUAUUUCUGGAUGCAAUAUGCUGUGGAAAGCCAGGUCAAAGUGUGAUUAAUGUAAAGGGCAUAAACUGCAGUUUUUAGCAAUCUAUCUUAUAGAUCUACUCCUUUCAACUUCCUCAUAAAUGGAAAAUUACUUCAAAAUCAACAGUGUUCUGGCCUCUGGAUUCAUGAGUCUAGACUAGAGCAACUAUAAAACAAGAUUGCGUUCUUCUCCAGCUUUUUUCAUGCAGUCACUUAGGGGCAGAAAAAUGGACAGAGAAGCUGCUGUGUAACAUGCUAUUCCUCAUGACCCUAAUGCCCACCAGGCUACCCACAGAGGUGCAUUCGUUGUUUUUACAAUUGGUUUCUUUAAAAAAAAAGAAAAGGCAAGGAAAGCUUGCCAACCAUUGCAAAAGCAGCUGGGGUACCAGCCAAGACAGCUGCUUCCAAGCAAAUCAAAACUAUCCUUAGUUUGCUGGGUCAUUUGGCAUCAGGUCACUGGAUACAUUUACUCAUGGACUGAGCCAGAUUGUACAGUUGAGCAUGUCAUACGAACGCACUAUUUUCACUCUUUGGAUUUCACCUGGAAGUGUAGUUUGUAUGAUUCUGAAAUGGUAUCUUCGGUAUGCCCAACAUUAGUUCUUAGCUUAUGCUACUCCCCCAUUUCUUAGUAACUAUGCAUGGUAUCUAAUUCUUCUUUCAUGGAAUUGUGUUCUGUAAAAGGUUAUACAAUGAACUGUUGCCUUUUAAGUUAGCCUAGUGUUUUUCAACCUUAGCAAUUUUAAGAUGGGUGGACUUCAAUUCCCAGAAUUCUCCGCUUAGUAUGGAGAAUUCUGGGAGUUGAAGACCACACAUCUUAAAGUUGUCAAGGUUAAAAAACUACCUGUUGAGGGUUUUUUCUGAGACUAACAAGGCCUCCCUCCUAAAAUAUUAACAAGCGGCAUACAUCUCAGGGGAUGAGCAAUGAGUAAUACUAGUAGACAAUAAGAGAUGUUAUUGUGAGACUAACAAAGCUAGCCCUCCCAAAAUAUUUACAGGGGACAAGCACUGAGUAGUACUGGUAGGCAAACGUCUGCAUGACAGACAUACCCAUGGUCAACAAUCAUUGUCUAUUUAAUUAAUCCUGGGUUCCCACGACAUUGGACUACAAACUAAACCUCAAUUUUUUUUAAAAAAAAAAUGCAUCGUGGCUCAAUAUGCCUCCCGAAUACAACCAUUACAUUCUCCUUGGGAAUUCCCAGGGCCAUCUUCGUCUCUGAAAACCAAAAUCACCGACCCGCUUCAUGAUGUAACGUUGUGCAUGUCUAUCGAAAGCAAGCCACACUGAAGCUAUCUUUGAGGUAACCAGCACAGUGGCAGAUUUGGCCUUCCAGUUCAUCCCACUUCUCCUGCCUCCGUCCUCAGGCUGCCCAGAUCGGUUUCUCAGUUUGCAAUCCGCAUUAACACGAGGGCGAACAAUCUUCUCAUCCCCCGAACAUGAAUCGCUGGGCAGGAGCCCACGCGGCAUCAGUGCGUAACUGCCCGCGCAUCUUCCACUGAAUAAGAGCGAGCGCGCCGCCCCUAAAGCGGCCUUAAACCCGCAGCAGCUGCCCAGCCUUGCGCAGAUGCACUGCCACAACAGCAGAGACUGGUAUUCGCCCAGGUCUAGUAGGUGGCGCUCCCUCCUUCCCCACCACUUCGAGUCUUUUGCAGCCUCUGCCUUCCAGUGGCAAGAUGCCGCCCAGCGCAUCGCCCAAUGAACGGUCGGAGCGAAGGGCUUAACUGGAAAGGCGUUGUCUUGCAAGAGGCCUCCUAUUGGAGGCUGCCUUUUCCCCAUAAGGCUCGGUCUCCCCCUCCUCUCGCUGGCGUCAGAAAUAGAAACGACUCGGUCCAGUUUGGCGACAAACGAGGGAGGAACGCGCCGGUUCGAAGGGCGCCCUGGAUUUCCCUGGCUCGCUGUCAGAACGCAAGGGAGCCAAGGAGUCAAAGAAAGGACGAGUUUCCCACCGCAAGGAGCCUCUGGAUUUCUUUCCUCCCUUCGGACUUGGAGGAAGCCGAACCUCUCCUCUAUUCCGUAAGGAAACUCGUUACAAUCUUUGGAGUCACAAGGUGCAUCGCAACAAAAAACAAAACAAAAACCCGGAGCAAGGCGCCUUUUAAACGCUUCAAGCUUGAAAAACACGCGUCGGGCAAAGCGAUCAUGGCGCUGGAUUUCCUCGCAGGCUGCGUAGGAGGUGCUGCUGGUGUACUGGUAGGACAUCCAUUUGAUACAGUUAAGGUACGCCUUCAAGUUCAAAAUGUGGAGAAGCCGCUCUACCGUGGGACUGUACAUUGUUUCCAGUCUAUCAUAAAGCAAGAAUCUGCGCUUGGACUUUAUAAAGGUAUUGGGUCGCCUAUGAUGGGCCUUACCUUCAUUAAUGCCCUUGUCUUUGGCGUUCAAGGGAAUGCUCUCCGUGCUCUUGGAAAGGACACACCUCUACAUCAGUUCCUUGCAGGCUCAGCAGCAGGCGCCAUUCAGUGUGUGAUCUGCUGUCCUAUGGAACUGGCUAAGACACGGAUGCAGCUGCAAGGAACAGGGGAAUACAAAUUGAAGUCCAAAAACUACAAAAACUCUUUGGACUGCUUGGUGAAGAUCUAUCGAAAGGAGGGCCUAAAAGGCAUCAACAAAGGAAUGGUUUCCACAUUUCUGAGAGAGACCCCCAGCUUCGGUUUCUACUUUUUAACAUAUGACUGCCUAACAAGGUAUCUGGGGUGUGAGGCGGAAGAUAGUUACAUUGUUCCCAAACUGCUUCUGGCAGGAGGCAUGUCUGGCAUAGUCUCCUGGCUCUCUACUUAUCCUGUGGAUGUGAUUAAGUCCCGCCUUCAGGCUGAUGGAGUUGGAGGAGUCGUACGGUACCAGGGUAUUCUGGACUGCGUUAGAAAAAGCUACCGGGAUGAAGGGCCAAGGGUGUUCACAAGGGGUCUUACAUCCACCUUGCUUCGAGCUUUCCCUGUUAAUGCUGCAACAUUUGCCACUGUUACAGUGUUCCUUACAUAUAUGAGGUCAGAGGAUGGCCAGAUCAGAGGCGAUUUAAGUGGAUGUGAAGCUGGUCCAGUGAUCCAACAGCCUUCAAGUUUUUAAAUUGACUGGAAAAUUGUACCUGUUACAUAUGAAAUGCCAUCAUUAUUACUUUUUUCUUUCUUUUUUUUAAAAAAAGAAUAUUUGGAUACCAAGAGUAUACAAUUUGGUCUGUAUAAAGCAUCUUUUUAAAAAUCUCAUUUAUAAAAGCAGCUUAAUGCUUUAGGAAGACUCUGAGUUGACUCUAGAAACUCAGACAAUAAAAGGAUUUGCCCUUUGAACAUGUGUUCAAGACACAUCUGUUGGAUUUUUCCAGUGUAGCCUUGACUUCAAUUCCCACAAUCCCCAGCCAGCACAUUAUUAAGGAAAUCCAAUGCAGUCACUGUCACCACUUGAAGUCAGUUUCAAUGUAUUGCAGCCAGCUCAAAAUGGCUACUACAUCUUAUCAAAUCUGAUGCUAAAUUCCUAUUCAGACUCUAUCCAUAUUCAAACAGGAAGAGAAGAAAUGGGGCUUUGAACAGAUAAUGAAGACUUGUAUGUACAGAUGUUACGCCCCUUUCAUGUUCAUUGGGGGCGUGGGACUAGGGCCAGCAGCAUACUUCUCUCAACGCACAUUAAAGGUCUGGAUGGGUUCUCUGUUCUGAUUAUUGCUCAUUCUGACCACUGUAUUCUAUUUAGAACUGAUUGUCCUGGUAAAUGUAGAGUAAAAAACCAUUUGUUUCAUUUUUCUGCACUUUAUCCUAGGGGAGCUUAUGUUCUUCCAAAUAAUUUUAGCUUAUAAUAUACAACCAUCUGAUCAGUGGCCCUCCUGGUGGGAACUGAUGGAGAUGAACAACUGGAGAACUUCAAGCCUUUCCCAACUCUGUUUUAACAUCCUGUUGAAAGUCAUUCUGUAGAUCAGGAGUGUCAAACUUGCAACGUCACAUGACGUGUCGCAAUGUAUCGUGACUUUUUUUCAAUUGCCGGCAAUGUGGGCACGUCAUGGUGCAUCCCGCCGGUAGUUUGACACUCCUGCUGUAGAUGAUAUACCAUUCUUCUUAAUUAGCAGUACUUGUCAAGAAGCCUUCUUCCGGCUAAUUGUGAAUAUUUUACUACAGUGUAUGAACAGCCUGCUUUAUUUCUUGAUCAGUAGUAAGUCAAUAUCUCAAUCAUGCUGCUCAGUAUUCAGAUGCGUUCCCUCCUAUUUACAGAUUAUAGUUUGUUUUUCCGUGCUACUAUUUGCAUUUGGCUUUUAAUUUUUUAAUGUAUGUAGUUGUAUCUUGUAAAUAUUUAAACAUAUUUUAGUAUGUUUUGAGUUGGAAGCUAGAGCAAACUAUCUAGAAACCUUGUUACAACCCAAAAUGUAGAUUGUUUUUAAGGUAGUGGUGAUAGAUGUGCUUAAAUUACCAUUUCUCCAUUACUGGGUAUAUGCGCAUAAUUGUGAAAGUAUACUGUAUUUAAAAGGAUUUAACAGAAGUGUGUUUUAGAGAAUUCAAUAAUGAAAACAGAAGUCAAGCCCAGCAAUUUUGGAAACCUUGGUGAACAAGAAACCUAACAAACUAUUAAGUCUAUUUCAUAGCAUCCUUAAAUAAGAAUGCUGCAACAUUGGCUCACUGACGUCAGCAAUAUACUAAGUUAAUUGGGUUUUAUUAACAAAUGUUUAAGGUUGUAGUGCUAUGCACACUUAUCUGGAUGAUUAAAGUCCAAUUGGGCUGAUUUCUGAACAGCAAAAAUACCAUUGGCCUAGUCAUAAUGUAUCUCAAGGUGUGGCCAAUCAAACAUCUGUUCCACAUCACUGAGUGAAGAAAAAAAAUCUUACACUAAAUCAGAGUAAUGAAGCCUGCAGGGGUUGCCUAUAAGUGUUAAGAAACCUUGAGAAUAAUUAGCUUGUCAUUGGAAGUUUUGUUUCUGUCCAUAUCUAUCUCACUUAAAGAUCUGCUCAUAAUUAAUCAGACCUAUGGGCAGAAAAAACAAUUCUCUAAUUUUAUGCCAAUAUUUUCACAUGGACUUGAACUGGACGCAUUGGGGGUGAGUUUGGACACGCAGAGUAUUUUUACAAAUCAAUUGAGGAAAAUCAAAUUAAACCCACGUGGUAUUGUAAUUCAAAUUGAAGCCAUGCUGCACAUUACUACAGGAUUGAGCACAAUGUCUGCUCUGGUUAAUUUCCUCACAAACUGUUUCCCACAAUAACGAUGUAAAUGUGCUCAUUCAACCAAUGAAUGAGCAAAAAGAUGAUGUGAAAUUCCUCAAGUGCAAACUAUGGAUUAACACUACCACUUAUCCAUUCAAGAAAUACAGUAUAUGAACAUAAUGUGAAAUUGCCAAGCAGCAAGAACUAAGUGUAACAUUUAGAUUGAAACUUAAAUGGCUGAGGAAACAGGAUGCAAGACAAGUGCAUACUAUUUCUCAUCGCCUCUAAGGACACCUUAACACUCAACCAGUGGUCACUAUUUGGCACAUAGUGGGUCAUUAAUGAGCCUUAUAAAUGCUUUAAAUUGCAGUUGCACCAUUAACUAGGCCCUGCAAUAUAUAAAUAAUACAAAUACCAUGUUUCUCACAUGUUUUUAAGUACUUCCUAUUUUUCCACUACUGCCAUCAAGAAUGUGCAAGCUCAAUUAAAAAAAGGUACCACUUGCAGAUUUAGCUUUGGAUCAGAGCCUACAUAGUUAUGGGUCCAAAACAUCUGUUGAAGGCAGCUGUUGAAUAGACAAGGUGAAGAAAAACUGGUAGAAAAUCUAGCAGUGUGAUAUAGAACGAGGCUCAUAUGUAGAAUGUACCAUUAACUAACUGCAGUGGAAGGUUUUUUGGGGGACAGGUGCAAUAUGUCUGUUUGAACUCUUUUUUAAUAAAAAUCUAGCCAAUUAUUUUAAUAAUAAUUAUGCUGGAGAAACCUAUAAAACUGGAUUGCUGCUUCUAUACCAUGCAGGUAUAGUGGAUAUUUUGACACUACCAUAUAUGCCGGCGUACAAGGCGACCCGGCGUAUAAGAUGACCCCCGUCUUAGUCGCCGAGCCUCAUUCCUAGAACGUCGUCUUAUAUGCCGGAAACUACCAGUAUUUCCGGCGUAUAAGACGACUCGGCGUAUAAGACGACCCCCGUCUUUGGCGCCGAUUUUAGCGCUUGCGGAAAUCGCCUUAUACACCGGCAUAUACGGUACUUGCAGGGACAUUCAAAUUGAAUGUGAAACCUAAGUUGUUUGUUGUGCAACGACACUAUCUUCUUUUGUACAGUAUUCUGUAACUAUUGUACAUAAAAGUAAUAAACCUUUUUUAAAAUAUA